GUGGAACCCGAUCUGUAGUCGCAGAAAAUUUGACUUUUCUUCAAAGUGGAUAUUGGUCGAGACUAAUAAACCACCAUUCGGUUCAGCAAGGAGGAAAAGUGCACCAUAUUCCUACUACAGCUGUCGGACAAGCCCAACUCGCUCGACGACAUCAAUCCAGUGACAAACGUGGAUUUGGCCCGGGUGAAGAAGAUGGCCCUGGGCAAGGGAUCUACCACUACUCCGUCGCCGUCGCAAAAGCGCAAACGACCUGCUCCGAAGAAACUGUACACGACGUCUCCGUUGACGUCAGUGGUACCGGAAAUGUUGAUCAAGCAGCAGAAAGCGGUUCUGGAGGCGUGCAAAUCGGGCGGAGUCUGUUCUUCGCAAGGAGAGUGGGCACCGGCAAGAGUUAUCUGCUGAGGAAGAUCAUUUCAACGCUGCCACCGGAUGAAACUGUGGCACCGACUCCGACGGUAGUGAGCGAGUGCUUAAUCGGGGGAACGACACUGACUCGUUCGCGGGGAUCGGAAGUGGCGAGACGACAAUGCAGAGGUGCUACGAGAUGGCCUCGCGACCCACAUCGGCUUCGAUUUGGCGCAAGUGCAAGCGGUUGGUUAUCGACGAAAUUUCCAUGGUUGAUGGGGAUUAUUUGAGAAAACCGAAGCCGUUGGCCAUUACGUCCGGAAGAACGACAAGCCCUUCAGUGGAAUCCAGCUGAUUCUGUGCGGAGACUAUUUCCAGCUGUCGCCGGUCGUUAAGGAAGGACAUGCUUGCCCGUAACUCUUACUCCCAGAACCAGAACCAGAAACCAUUGGUUCGUUUUUGCUUCUCCACCAAAGCAUGAAAGGAGUGCUUUCAGUAUUGCUACGAACUCACCGAAGCCCACCGACAAAAAAGCAUCAGUCGUUCGUGUCCAUUCUCAACAGCAUUAGGAUCGCGUAAUGUCGGAGAUCCGUGACUGGUUAGCGACC